AUUGGGCGCCUCAUAGCUAGAAAAUUCUACCAUUUUUCUCAGUGAUUUUUAGCCCAAAGUGUCACGUUAACGUUUCUUUAUCUACCAGAAAUCUCUUACUGUAUAAUCUGUGGGGCCAAGCUAGCAAAGGACGUCUCAGAAGCUAAGAAUACGUCUUUAUUGUUGUUGCCCAACAACUGUGCUUUGUCAUUGUACCAAAUCCGCCCCCCUCCCCACCACUUUACUCUACAAUAUCAGAAGACGUUCACGGUUUGUUGAAACUGUAGAUGUCUAGUGGUUUGGAACCCACCGCUGGGAGCCUGUCACCGCCGAGUAAGAAGCGAAAGACUUCGGGAACCACGGGGGCCAACUGUACAACUGAGAGCACGGUCGCUGUUCAGCCGAACGACGUGGAAAUGGCUAGUGCAAAUGGAGCAAAUGAAGAAGGCAUUGAUGAAGGGUUGUACUCCAGACAGCUGUAUGUACUGGGGCACGAUGCCAUGCGCCGGAUGGGUCAGUCCAAUAUACUGAUCUCCGGCAUGCGAGGACUGGGAGUGGAGAUAGCCAAGAAUGUGGUGUUGGGAGGAGUCAAGUCUGUCACCAUUCAUGACAUGGGAGAAGCAACUAAAGUGGACCUCUCCUCACAGUUUUUCCUGACAGAAGAUGAUGUCGGCAAGAACCGUGCUGAGGCAACUCAGCAGCAUCUGGCAGAACUGAACAACUACGUACCGGUGCAGUCUUACUCUGGAAAACUGUCUGAAGACUACAUAAGCAACUUUCAGGUGGUUGUCCUGACGGAAUCAAGUUUGGAAGAACAGCUGAAGCUGGGAGAGUUCUGCCAUGACAAAGGCAUCAAACUGAUUGUGGCCUCUACAAAGGGCCUGUUUGGGCAAAUCUUUUGUGACUUUGGUGAAGACUUCUUGGUGUCAGAUCCAACAGGAGAGGAACCAGUGUCCUGUAUGAUCUCUGCCAUUACCAAGGAGCAGGACGGCAUUGUCACAACCUUGGAGGAAUCACGACAUGGACUAGAGACUGGAGAUUAUGUAACCUUUCAGGAAAUACAGGGGAUGACAGAGCUGAAUGGAUGUGAAGCCAGAAAAGUUAAAGUCAUGGGUCCUUACACAUUCAGUAUUGGUGACACUACUGGUCUAUCUGACUAUGUCCGAGGAGGCAUUGCCAUGCAGGUCAAACAGCCCAAAACUCUGAAUUUUAAAUCCAUAGGAAAGUCCCUAACAGACCCAGAGCACCUGAUAACAGACUUUGCCAAGUUUGAUCGCCCAGCUCAGCUGCACCUAGGCUUCCAGGCUCUCCACAAAUAUGUGCAACAAAACGGCACCCUGCCCAAGCCCAGGAGCCAGGCUGAUGCAGACAAGCUUGUUGCUGUGGCCAAGGAGCUGAAUGCUGCCUCCCCCGACACUACAAAGGUGGAAGAGAUGGAUGAGAACCUGCUGAAACAGUUGGCAUUUUCUGCACAGGGUGACCUCAGCCCCAUGAAUGCCUUCAUUGGUGGGGUCACUGCUCAGGAGGUCAUGAAGGCCUGCAGUGGUAAAUUCCAUCCUAUUGUCCAGUGGCUGUACUUUGAUGCCCUGGAGUGUCUCCCAGAAGGAAAUGCUGACUCUGUCUUGACUGAAGACUCCUGCAAGCCUCAAAACUCCAGAUAUGAUUCCCAGAUUGCUGUCUUCGGUGCUGACUUCCAGAAGAAACUAGAAUCACAGAAGUACUUUCUUGUUGGAGCUGGAGCUAUCGGUUGUGAAUUGCUGAAGAACUUUGCCAUGAUGGGGUUGUCAUGUGGGGAGGGGGGCAUGGUGACUGUGACAGAUAUGGACAUCAUUGAGAAGUCCAACCUGAAUAGGCAGUUCCUCUUCAGAUCCUGGGAUGUUGGGAAAUUUAAGUCAGACACGGCUGCUGCAGCAGUCAAGAAGAUGAACCCCAACAUGAACAUCACGGCUCACCAGAACAGGGUCGGGCCCGAAACAGAGAAUGUCUACCAUGAUGACUUCUUCGAGGCCUUGGACGGAGUUGCUAAUGCCCUGGAUAAUGUAGAUGCUAGAAUGUACCAAGACCGUAGGUGUGUGUACUACAGGAAGCCCCUGCUUGAGUCGGGUACCCUGGGCACCAAGGGGAACGUGCAGGUGGUCCUGCCACACCUGACUGAGUCCUACAGCUCUUCUCAGGACCCACCAGAGAAGUCCAUUCCCAUCUGCACACUCAAGAACUUCCCUAAUGCCAUCGAGCACACAUUGCAGUGGGCCAGAGAUGAGUUUGAAGGUCUGUUCAAGCAACCUGCAGAAAAUGCUAACCUGUACAUCACAGAUCCCAAGUUUAUGGAAAGAACUGUCAAAUUACCAGGAGGGCAGCCGGUGGAAGUGUUAGAAGCUGUGAAACGAGCCCUUGUUGAUGACCGGCCUGCCAAGUUUGAAGACUGUGUGAAGUGGGCCCGCCUGCACUGGCAGCAGCAGUACCAUAACCAGAUCAAACAACUCCUCUACAACUUCCCUGCUGACCAGUUGACCACUUCUGGAGCUCCGUUCUGGUCUGGACCAAAGCGCUGCCCCCAUCCACUUGUUUUUGAUGUUAACAAUAAAACACACAUGGACUAUGUGGUAUCUGGUGCUAACCUGCUAGCACAGUGCUACGGUCUGAAGGGAAGUGUGGACAGGAAGUACAUCACAGACCUGCUGAGUAAACUCCCAGUCCCAGAGUUCAAGCCCAGGUCAGGAGUGAAGAUUGACGUGACUGACGCAGAAGCCCAGGCCUCAGCCAGCUCGUUUGAUGAUGAUCAGCUGGAGACAGUCAGGAACUCUCUGCCUGCUCCUGAGAGCUACAAGGGCUCCCAGAUGACUCCUUUGGAGUUCGAGAAAGAUGAUGACACAAACUUCCACAUGGACUUCAUCGUGGCUGCCUCCAACCUCCGUGCAGAGAACUAUGACAUCACCCCUGCUGACAGGCACAAGAGCAAGCUCAUCGCUGGGAAAAUCAUCCCUGCCAUUGCUACUACAACAUCCCUCAUCACAGGCCUGGUCUGUUUGGAACUGUACAAGAUUGUCAAUGGAGCAAAGGAGUUGGAGACUUACAAGAAUGGCUUCGUGAACCUGGCAUUGCCCUUCUUUGGCUUCUCAGAACCAAUAGCUGCUCCUUCAAACAAGUACUAUGAUAAAGAAUUUACUCUGUGGGACCGGUUUGAGGUACAGGGAGUGCAGAAUGGCAAUGAGAUGACCCUCAAAGAGUUCAUUGACUACUUCCAGAAUGAGCACAAGCUGGAGAUAACCAUGCUGUCCCAGGGUGUCUCCAUGAUCUAUUCCUUCUUCAUGCCCAAGUCCAAGCUGGAUGAGAGACUUGCUAUGAAAAUGUCUGAAGCUGUGGUGAAGGUGUCCAAGAAGAAGAUCAAGUCCCACGUCAAGGCCUUAGUCCUGGAGCUCUGCUGCAAUGAUGAGGAGGGUGAGGAUGUGGAGGUCCCCUAUGUCCGCUACACCCUGCGUUGAGCCGUUCUUCUCCAGAGCUGGUCUGAGCAGUUUGUCUUGUAGCAGUUAGUCCAGCACAACAACCUUAUUAUCUCCCCAAAGUAUGAUGCUAUAAAUGGAAGAUAACUGCAGAAAUAUCAGGCUGAUCUUAUUGAAUACUGUAGUGUGGACAUGUUUACAUUAGAGAUCUGCUGCCUGUGAGUUGUACUGUUGAAAAAUCACGUGUGGUAACUGCAGAUGCUAGAAUUAAAUGGUUAUAUACUUCUGUGUGGAGAAACAGAGAAAAAGAAGUGAUAUGUACCUUUAUUGAUGUAUGCAAGCUGAAAUGGAUUUCAGGAAUCUUUCCUCACAAAACAAUACAAAUAUUGAGAAACAUUGUUUAUGCCAGCAACUCUCCUAUGGAGAACAAUCUGUAGUCAGCUACUGUUUUGUUGUGUCUGUGUGUUGACAGAUCUCAUUGUAUUGUAUACCGAUAUUUUGGUGCAAUGAAGUAAUAAUCAUUCCCUGUUGUACUGCUGUCCAAGAUGAAUUUCGCACGUCGUUUUUUCUUCAGACUUGGCUUUAAAAGCUUUUUCUUGAAAUAACUUAUCUGUCAGUUAUUUCUGAAAAUGGAGAGUUAAGGAGUUGCAAGGGGAAGGAAGGAUUUCCAUGGUCAUCUUUGUUGAACUCAUUAGUCUCAAUUGAUGUCUUUAUUGAACACUUUAUGUAUCUUCCCUUGUACAUCACUGUGCACCAUUUAUCCAAAGACAAAAUAGCUUGUUUGACACAACAGAGGCUGUUCUCAGUUCUGACAGAAACUGUCCACACAUCAGAUUUCUAACCAGGGUUAUUAAAAGUUUGCACAAUUCA